AUGAGUAAGAACGUCUACGCUGGUGAUUCCAGCGACAGCGACGUCGCAGUCAUGGCCGCGCCAAUCACCUGGACGCGCAUGGCCUUCGGCAUGGUGAAGUACAAGAAGCGCGGCACCUGGUUCAAGCGCCCCGAGACCAUGUUGAAAUGGCUGAGGAUCAAACACCUGCUGGAGCAUCACUUCGAGAACCUCAAGAGGGCCUUUUUAGAGAUCGACACCAAUCACUCCGGCGGCAUCGUGCGCGCGCCCAGUGGACGCCGGAAACCGCCCGUGAAGUACGAGUGGGAGGCCAUGUUCGGCGCAGAGGGCCAGGUCAAAGAUGCCUUGGCGGCGGCCGACUUGGACUCCAACGACGUCUUCGGCAUGCCGGGGAGCCGAGCGGAGCCGAGCGGAGCCGGGGCGGUGUCGGUGAAGUGCCGACCAGUGACAAGAUAUGUUACUAUUUAA